GUUAACAUGUCCCGAUAUUGGAGCUUUCUUAUCUCUAUUGUCCUUUUCGAACAGGUUCAUCAAGCAUCGACGUUUUGUUUCACGCAAUGCCGCACGGACCAAGAUUGCCACGGAAGUUGUAGAGAUUCAUCUCACAUACCCGUCUGUGAUUGGGUUACUUUCAUUUUUGAUAGAGAGCUAUGUUGCGUUUGCAAAGCAGCAACAUGUUCUUCUGACACCGAUUGUUCCGGUCAUUCAUGUAACAGUGGAUAUGUGUCAAAAUGCAACUCGCAGCACAAUUGCCAUUGCGAGCGGAAGCCUACUUGUACCUUUGACAUAAAUUGUAGCAACCACUGUGCCUCGGGCUACACACCAACCUGCAGCAACAGUCAAUGUCAUUGCCAAAGGGUGGUAACAUGCUCAUCUGAUGCUGAUUGUUCGGGUCAGUCUUGUAACAGUGGAUUUGUGUCAAAAUGCAACUCCAAGAACCAGUGCCAAUGCUUGCUGAAGUCUACUUGUAGUGUUGACACAGAUUGUAGCAACCACUGUAUCUCGGGCUACACAGCAACCUGCAGCAACGGACACUGCCAGUGCCAUGCCCACAAGGAAUCGACACAGAUGACACGUUGCUCCUUUAAUAGUGACUGUGCAAAUUAUCAUUGCUCGUCUGGAAGAAGCUCGUAUUGCCGAACUACGUUUCUAGAUGGACAUUGUGAUUGUUUGGAGUGUCGAUUGGAUACUGACUGCUCGCAGCAAUAUCAAUACGGUUAUUCCAAAAAUGCCAAAGCACGAUUUAAAAUUGAGAGCGAUAAAAAUCUGAGGUAUAACCGAGCAUCAGCCCACUGUUCCAGAAACAGCGACUGUGCAAAUCUCCAGUGCUCAUCAGGACAUACUCCUGUCUGUUCUUUAUCAACCCAUUCAUGUCAUUGUCAGACAACCUGUAAUACCCACCACGAUUGUUCGCACAUGACCUGUCGCCAUGGUUAUUACUUGGUCUGUUCCGCAGCACAGAACAACACUAAGACAUGUGUAUGCAAAUCAACGUGUUCGAUGCAGGACGAGUGCACAAAUUAUGCCUGCAGUAGUCAAUACAAAUCCUAUUGUCAAUCCGGACAUUGCCAUUGUGCACACCGAUGCUCUUCCGAUUCAUACUGUUCCCACUAUGGACACUGUGCACAUAGUAGUAGACAACGCUGUUCAACUUAUCUAGGGACCAUUUGUGUCUGUGAAGAGUGUGUGCACGAUAGCGAAUGCUCUAAUUUUCAUUGCCAACCAUACCAUUCGCCGAUUUGUAAAAACAACUCUUGCUCGUGCAAAGCUGAUCCUGUUGAUGGAAUUUGGAGUCAAUGGGAAUCCUGGACAACUUGCAGCGUCACAUGUGGACAUGGGCGUCAAACACGUGAGCGCUCUUGUACAAACCCAGCACCUGCACGUGGGGGACUGCCCUGCAGUGGGAAUAGUUCUGAGGAGAGAAAUUGCAGUCAAAUUUCAUCUUGUCGGAUUGAUGGUGGGUGGUCAGAUUGGGUGGCCUGGUCUAUCUGCUCAGUUUCUUGUGGGGGAGGAACGCACACACGGGCUCGCAUGUGCAGCAACCCUGUUCCUAGCAACGGCGGAAGUUACUGUGUUGGGGACGUGUACCAGACACAGACGUGUGCCACAGCAGCUUGUGGAGGGCUAGCCUGUCCAACAUGUGACCACAAUCUUGUUUGUGCCUUUAACAACACCUGUGAUUCCUCGGAGACCUGCAUGAUCAGGUCUUACCUUAAGACAAGGUUCACCGUCCACUGCUCCAAGAAGGAGGAUUGUGCCUUUGAGCAGUCCAACCUUAAUGGAGAGAUAUAUUGUUGUGAUGACCAUAGCUGUAUACAACGAUAUCUUGGAAUUGAUUAGCUCACAAAAUAAAUUGCUAUGUAAUACCA